UCUAUGUACUAUGGUGUGGUGUAUUGACUGUGAACAAGAAAAACAAAAACACACCAUGUGCACUUGUGCUGCUGCUGCAUUUAAUCUUUCUUCAUUGCGUUGAUUGGUAACACAAAUCCACGUUUUAAUCUUUCGAGAAAAAGAGAAUAAGACAUGCCUCGGGCGAAGACGACGAAUGAGCAGAUAGCGGAGUUGAAUGGCAAGAUCACUCUGCUGGAGGGGGACAGGAAGGCCUUCGUGCAGACUAGCCAGUACAAGAUCAAGAAGAACGACCAGAAGAUCGCCAGUCUGCGCAAGGAGAACAAACAGCUGCACCACAAGUAUGCGUCGACACUGAACUGUGACGAGGAGGUGAUCAAUGAGACGUUCAAGGAGGACAACGAGCGACACAAGGUGGAGAAGCCUGCAUUUCGGGGCAAGAGUACGGAGGACGCCAUCCGCAUCAUGAACAACAAGAAGUGCGAUGCUCUGAAGAGACUGAACAGACAGAAGUACAGGACGGAGGAGAAGAGACGCCAGCUGCAGCAGGCACACAACUCCCUCGAAGAGUUCGAACAGGACCAGAAACAGGGAGGACAGACUGCGUGAGUUGCGGAAGCAGGCGGAGGAGAAGAAGCAGCUGCAGGACAGGAUGGAGAGGAGGAACAUGCAGAGAUCGGCGGCUGCCAAUGCAGCUGCCAAUGCCACUGGCGCCAAUGCUGCAGGGGCUUCCGGGGCACAGCAGACAUCACAGGACAACCACAACCAGGAACAGUCCUCGGCCAGCGGCGAGAAAAAAAAUUGUAUUUCUAGAGAAGGACUGUCAGCCUUUCUUGCGGGGCUGAUGGGGGAGUGGGUGGGGGAGAGGGAGAGGGGGAGGAUAGUGAGUUACCAGGAGGCAUUUGUGCGGAUGAAGGAGGCUACGGGGGUGAGUGAAGUGGAGGAGGUGGUGGACAGGUUCCGCACUCAGGACGACACCUUCCACAACCUCCAGCAGCAGAAGAGCACCAAUGCCCAACUCAUAGACACCCUCUCCCAGGAGGUGGCGCGUGCGAAGGAGGAGUGCGAAGCCAUGAAGUACAGGGGGGAGACUAAACUGUCGCAGGGGGAGAGGACCCUGGAGGAGAGUGAGUCACACCUGCAGGCGGAGCAGGAGAGGAAGCAGACUCUGGAGCAGAGACUCACAGACACUGCCAAGGUACUCGUCAGUGUCCGAGCAGGAGUCGAACACCUCUCCAUCAAACUCGCUCCACUCAAAGGGAGCAAGAGUCAGGAGCCGAAGCAGUCGGCGUCUGUGGAGGAGGAGGACUAUGUGCUGGACACUCUCAUGGACUGCGAGGACAAACUGCAGAGACUGUUGCAGGACCUGGGGGACAGUGCAGGGGCCACAGCCACAGGGGAGGGAGAGGGCGAGGGCGAGGGGGAGGGGGAGCAGGCAGCAGGAGGGGGAGUGAGGAGGAUGGAGCAGCUGGAGAGGGAGAUCAUGGCACAGCAAACUGCCUCUGGACAGCCGGACUACACUCAGAUGGCGGAGGAGAGGCUGCCGCAGUACAACACUAGAGUGGUCAUCUCCUCCUCCAACAAAGACGGGGGUGUGGGCAGUGGAGGAGGGGGACUGUACGAGGAGGGGGAGAGUGGGGAGGACGAGGAGUGUCCCAACAGGGAACAGAUCAAGAAGAGGAGCGAGGACCUCGUCAACUCAAAGACGAAGAGACGCCAGCCGAAGAAGAAGAAGAACGCAGCCAAGAAGUAGGAUGGAGGCCACUGUGCUUCAUCAUCUGCUGCUGGACACACACUUAGCCUCAGAACUGUAUGAUCAUAUGAUCACAGAGUUACUGACACUAAACCACACUUAAAGAAAGAUCAGAUGACCAACAGAUCUGUUCGAAAACUUUCCCUUACAGUCGCUAAUGACCUAAUUCAUGGCCCAGUGGAUUCGAAUUAUGUCUAUUAUCUUCAAGUGUUUGUAUCUGAAACAGUUGCUACGAAGUUAUCCAAAUUAAAAUGUUACAGCAUAA